CCCCCACGGCUCAUUGCUUUCAAAAUCAGUGUGAAGAAAACUUGGCGGCUGGGAUAACCGGAUUGAUUGAAAUAGGCGUAGCCGAGUAGCUGAACGUUUAAGGCAGUUUUGGGCAGUGACAGGGAGAGAGGCGAAGAUGCAAAGAGCUGAAGCAGUGUUGUCACCAGCAGUGAGGUGUUCCCUACAGAGAUUUGGGGUUUUCUCUCAUCACAGAAGCUUCUCUGCUCUGCCAAAUUAUGCCCGAAACGAUGAUCUCCAAGAACAGGUGUUAGUGGAAGGGAGGGCAAAGUCAAGGGCAGCCAUUCUCAAUAGACCAUCUGAUCUCAAUGCUCUCACUAUUCCAAUGGUGGCCCGGCUCAAAAGACUAUAUGAAUCAUGGGAAGAAAACUCAGAUCUUGGAUUUGUCAUAAUGAAGGGUAGUGGCAGGGCCUUAUGUUCUGGUGGAGAUGUUGUUGCUCUCAAUCAGCUGAUUAAUGAAGGGAAAGUUGAGGAGUGUAAAAAGUUUUUUGAGACGUUGUAUAAGUUCGUAUACCUUCUAGGAACAUAUGUGAAGCCAAAUGUGGCUAUCGUGGAUGGUAUUACCAUGGGAGGUGGCGCUGGAAUUUCCAUCCCGGCAAUGUUUCGUGUGGUAACUGAUAAAACGGUUUUUGCCACUCCAGAGACUCAAAUGGGAUUCCAUCCUGAUGCUGGUGCUUCAUUCUAUCUUUCUCGUCUACCAGGAUAUUUAGGGGAAUACUUGGCUCUAACAGGAGAAAAGCUCAAUGGUGUAGAAAUGAUUGCCUGUGGCCUUGCUACACACUACUCACUGACUGCAAGACUUCCCUUGAUUGAAGAACGUCUUGGUAAAUUGAUCACGGAUGAUCCUUCUGUCAUAGAGUCUUCUCUUGAGCAAUAUGGUGACCUUGUCUACCCAGAUAAGAGGAGUGUUCUUCAUAAGAUUGAGACAAUUGAUAAAUGUUUCUGCCAUGAUACGGUUGAGGAAAUUAUUAAUGCCUUGGAAAAUGAGGCAUCCAGUUCAUAUGAUGAAUGGUCUGCCACAGCCCUCAAGAAGCUGAAAGAAGCCUCCCCAUUGAGCUUAAAGGUUACUUUACGAUCUAUACGAGAAGGUAGAUUUCAACCUCUUGAUCAGUGUCUGGCUAGAGAAUAUCGCAUAUCUCUUGUUGGGAUCACCAAACGGGUCUCUGAUGAUUUCUGUGAGGGUGUUCGAGCACGGUUGGUGGACAAGGACUUUGCUCCAAAGUGGGAUCCUCCAAGUCUGGGAGAAGUAACCAAAGACAUGGUUGAUUGCUAUUUCACCCGACUCAAUGAAUUCGAGCCUGAACUAGAGCUACCAACGGCAUUGCGAGAGCCUUACAUGUGAUGCAGAUUCUCCCAUGUAUUCAGAGGGCAAGUGUAAAAUUUUGCAAUUUUUUUGUGAGCAGCAGUGCUGAGGGAUAUCUGAAAAUACGCCUUUUAAUUUCAAUUAUGUAUUGUAAUAGACUGUUAGCUCAAGGUUGCCACCCAAGGCCAUUAUUUUUAAGAGGGCUUGAUGUGUAUUUCAAGUUUUCUAUACAUUAUUCACAGCUGAUAACCAAUAAAUUGGGGUCCUUGUUUCCCAACCUA